GGCACGAGCAAGAAGGUCCCACCGGUCCAUGCACCCAAAGACCUCCCAGCCUGUGCAGGCAGGACAGCAACAACAGCAGCUGAGGAGUGAGGCACCAGGAAUUCACCUCCUCCGCCUACCAACCAAGCCUCCAACAGCCAGAGACAGGCACGCGCACCAAAAGAAACCCCCAACACGAGGAGGAGCUCAAGCGCUCAACGACCUCCGAGUCCAAGAUCUCUCUCCCGCUCUCCCCACCUCGAUCCCCCCGCUUCCCGGUCAAUGGCGACCGACGCGAUCCUGGAGACGAUCAAGCCGCGGCGGAGCCAGGACGAGCAGCUCCCGGUGACCACCGCCGCGGGCGGCGGCAACAGCGGCGGGAUCGGGCUGCGGCGGCGCAUGUCGUCCUUCUCCGUGCACCUCGGCCCCUCGCUGUCGUCGGCGGGCGCCGUGGCGUUCCGGCGCGCGCAGUCGAUGCCGUCCGUGAAGGCGCUGGCGGCGGCGGGCGCGCUGCGGCGGUGGUGGGAGUGGGGGCUCGGGUGGGUGAUGGCGCGGCGGCCCCCCUUCGCUGGCGGUCUGGAGAUGAGCGACGACGAGGCCGCCGCGCUGGGCGGGUGCCACUGCCGGGGCACGUGGCGGCACGUCUUCUACAAGGUGCGCGCCGGGGCGCGCAGGCUAAUGGGACGCGACGGGAGGCCGCUAAAGGCCGCCGCGCCGCAGGACUUCAGGUACGACUCCGUCAGCUACGCGCACAACUUCGACGACGGCGAGGCCUGACAGAGUGACAAGAGGAGGAGAUUGAGCCAUGGCCCAUGGGGUUCUCUUCUCCCACGCCAUUGUUUCAAGCCUGCUCGAUCGAUCCAUCGGCGCGGCAUUGCUUGUUGUAAGCUGCAAUAAGGCAAUUGAUUUUGUGGUACAUAGAUACGGCAUCUAUAAUCUAUAAUAUAGUAUGGUGGUGUGUGAUGGCAUCGGUCGAUCUAGAAGUAAGACGAUCGAUUGAUCGUCGCUGCAAGUUGGAGGAGACCAGGUCCGAUGAACACGGCCUGUGCAGAUGUAAUGUCUUUUCGUUCUUGUCGUUGCCAUCUUUCUUCAGUGUCGCGUCCAUGGAUCCGAUCCUGGGACAGGUAAAUGUAAAAUCUGUAACAGUUCAGUUCGAUCCGAAACAAUGGCGCCGCAGCAUCUGUGAUUUGUGCAUA